GGUCGAAUGUAUAAAAUCACUUCGCGCUGGCUACCGACAGAUCAUUCCACGCUCAGUGCUUCAGCAGCCAGGAUCGCACCAUCCUCGUUCCCGUGUUAUUCUUCUUCUUUAGUAAAUCAUUUCGAUCCAAACCCACCUUCUUGGAAUCUAUUCCAUUCCCUUUCCACCCUCCCUUCCAACGUUCUAAAGCUUCCUAACCAAUCUGAUUUCAACACCGUGCUGGAGACAGCAACAAGUGAACAAGCAGCAAACCUGUGAUAUAUCCGCUUUUUUUUCGACAUCGCGUCGUGCUGAAGUUUAAAUCAAACCCUCCACACAUCACUAUGAAUCUAUUCACCAUCUUCUUCGCGCUCGUCCUGGCCGUGGCCACCGUCGCCGGACAACGAUUCGGGUUCCCGCACACGGCCCAGUUCGGGCUUGCCUCGCUAACCGGUGACUUUGGUGGACCGACUGCAUUCGGUGGACAGGAUUUGUCAGGUACUUUGAACGCUGGUAUCAGGGAUCCAAGACAAAACCGAGGCCCAGUUGUAUUCCCGCCCGCACCCGCCGAUGCUCCAGUUGAGUCGAGCGGAGUGAUUGUCGGUGCUUCCGGAUACGGUUUCGUGCCACCGAAUACGCCCCAGAAUUACUACUAAAUAGCAACGUCCUGCAACCCACAAACCAAUCCAACCACCAUUUCCAACCACGUCCCUACGUUCCCACAAUCCGAUCAACGAUCCACCAACCACCACCCCACCUCCCCCACCCCUUCAGGCACUGAUGGGGAUGCAAAAACAAAAGGGUCAACGAAAGGGAAGUGAUCCCCUGUACAAAACCACCGACCGGAAACCCACCCAGGCAGUGGGGGACACUUCAUACCCUUUCGGGAGCUUUGUGUGUAUUGUGUUUGUAUGGCUGCGUGUGAAUGUGUGUGUAUCGUAGUUUACAACUUUAUGUGACUAAUGCGAAACAAACCACCUGUAUCAUAGGGCUUGUCCGCCACAAAACUCCCGAUCGACGAUCGGAUCGCUGCCCAACACCAUCACCAAUGUGUUUCUUUCCAUUUUUCCAGAUGUGAAUGCGUUGUACCGAAAUUUACGAUAUUUCUAAGUCACUGUCACGAUUUACUAUUUUUUGUUGUUGCGCACAAACAACAGAGCAAAGUCUAAGAGCAUUGCACAAACCGACCGAUCGGUACAUUCUGAUCGUAUCCAGUUUUCGGCAAGUUUUAGACGCAACAAUUGGGCAGAUUCCUGCACCAACGAGAUAGCGAUUGGAAUGUUCAAAAUUUAGUUAACCAAACCAGCGCAGAAAUAUAAUCAGAAGCGUGGGAGAUCAGAAAGUAGACGAAGCAAUGCGAAACAGGUGCACCUGUACAAUGCAUUUGGUCACCGGUAAAGUCAGCACGCUAUAGUCCACCGUGUCCGCGCACUGUUCAGAUUAGCUUAGAAAUCCUAGAACUGAUAUGUUGAGGUAUUUGCGAAACGAGAACGUUAAGGAAUUUGAUGCCAUAUCAAAUUUGUAAUUCGAUCAAAACGGCAGUCAAAAAAGUACUGAUGCAGAUUGGUUUCGGGUUGAAUUGAGAUUUUUGUAAAUAAUCACCCGUUUUAUAUGCUCCAAAAUGCAUGUCAAACAGGAACCGAUAAAAGUCACAAUUCGAACCUGAGCUACAUACAUGAUCAUCGAUCGAUCUUCGGUACUUUAUGCUUGUUGUUUAAAAAAUUGUGCAAUCCUUGCGUUUUUUUUGUUGUUGCCUAUUUAAAUACCUAUCCAGAUAGCCAUUUAGUUCCUCACGAUCACGAUCCCGCUAGUAUGGCAACGUUAGGAUUUUUUUGUUCUUUUUUCUUUGUUUUUCCUCUAAAGCACACCAUUCAAUGUAUAGUCUGCCCCAGUAGCGACGGCAUGCAUGUAAAGAUAUUUAUUUGUAAAGAUAAUCAACACCCAACUCACAAUGUGUGCGCUUUUGCUGCAAUGCUGCAACGCCAAAACCCCCGCCAAACAUAACACCGGUUACUCCAAAUGUACAGUACAACCCCUACCACCACCAUUGUCAACAGUCAUCCUUACCAACCCCAAAAAAAAACAUACACACACCCUCCUCCACACGGAAACGCGGAUAACCGGUUGAGCCGUUUCGUUUAUGACAAGAUUGUACAAAGAGCAUUACCAACAAACAAACAAAAAAAAAACAGGGUCCAGCACGCGGCGCCAGUUACUAAAAGCAAGCAAGCAAUUGUAACAUGUAUAGCCUUAAAACAAAAAAUCAAACAAAAAAACCAACUAUCCUUCCUUUUUGUACAAAAGCAAUCCUGUGAAAGAGUAUGUUUGUGCGCGCUUCUGUGUGUGUGUGUCUGUGUGUAGGUUAAGUGUGUUUGAGCGAGCGAACGUUUAGAAUGUCCGAACAGGUGCGUUACGCCCGUGUAUGAACGAGUGGGAUUGAAGUUUCCGUAACACCUUGAUGGUUUCCUUUCUGUACGAUACGUUACAUAGCAAUUAAUUGCUAACUUAAUAAAUUAUUGUAUAGAUGACAUUUAAA